AUGCAGGCUUCUGAUGCGGAUAUUUCAGCUUUAGUUGAAAUUGAGAAAAUUUACCCACAUCAUUUUGAGUUCUUCAUGGAUCUUCAUGGGGAUCAACCUGUCUCUGCAUGCACUGCCUUGGCAUACAUGAAAUCUGGUGGCCGUGUUUCGCAUGCUUUCUCCGUGUAUAGCUGUCAACUUCGCCAACCUAACCAGGUGAAGAAGCUAUUUGAGAGUUUUAAAAAUGGACUUCAUGAAGUCAGCAGCUCGCUCGAUUUAUCUUUUGAUGAUGAUUCUGUUGCCGAUGAAAAGAUUCCCUUCCUAGUAUACCUAGCUCAUUUUUUGAAGGAUGAUAAGCCCAAUCCUUGUGAGCCUCCAGCUGGAUGUUUAAACUUUCGGAAUAUUGUCGCUGAAUUUAUGAAGAGCUACCACCACAUCCCAUUAACUCCUGAAACACUUGCCCAAGCAAUGGUUGACAUCUUCAGCAAUCGAGGGGAGGGCAGAUGUAACCGUGCUGAAGACACAGUCACUGUAAUUGAAGCGCCAUGCCGGUCAGAUUUGCUGAUUGAAUUGGUCAGGAAGCUGAAGCCUCAGGUUGUUGUUACUGGCAUAGCUCAUUUUGAGGUUGUCACCAGUGCAGCUUUUGUGAACUUACUAAGCGCAACACAAGAUGUUGGUUCUCGCUUAUUCCUGGACAUUUCAGAGCAUCUGGAGUUAUCUAAUUUGCCAAACUCUAAUGGUGUGCUGAAAUAUCUUGCUGGAAACACCCUACCUUCGCAUGCAGCUAUACUGUGUGGUCUAGUAAAAAAUCAGGUUUAUUCUGAUCUGGAAGUUGCUUUUGCUAUUUCCGAGGAUGCAGCUGUAUGUAAGGCAUUGUCACAAACUAUUGAGAUAUUGGAAGGACAUACUUCUGUGAUUAGCCAGCACUAUUAUGGAUGUCUUCUCCAUGAGCUGCUGGCGUUUCAAAUUGGCGACCAGCAUGCACAACAAGAGAGGCAACCUGCAGAAGUGACACCUCAGAAGAUAAUAGGAUUUUCUAAUUCAGCUCUGACUACCCUAGAAGAAGCUGAAUUUUUUGUUCCCGAGUUAAAGGAUUGUAGUGUCAUUCAUAUGGAUUUAGACCGCAGUUUCUUGUCAGUACCUUCUGCAGUGAAAGCCUCCAUUUUUGAAAGUUUUGUGAGGCAGAACAUCACGGAUUCUGAAGCUGAUGUCCGUUCUAGCAUUGAAAAGCUGGUGGGAAAUAACUAUGGUUUACCAGGAGACGAUUGUCCUGAUAUUGCAGAGUCCUCCUACCGUAAGGAAAUUGUAUAUGGCAGCAGCUGUCUCGCACUCUUUAACAAGCUUAUCAUUUGCUGUGUGCAAGAACAAGGCACCUUCUUUUUCCCCAUGGGCACAAAUGGACACUAUGUCGCAGCAGCGAAGUUUAUGAACGCAAAAACCUUGACAAUUCCAACAAAUGUAGAGUCAGGCUUCAAGAUUGAACCGAUGGCUCUAGAUGCAGCUCUAGAGGAUGCCAUUGAGAACAAUAAUGUAUUCCGUCCAUGGGUGUAUAUUUCUGGCCCUACAAUCAACCCUUCUGGUUUCCUUUAUAGUGAUAACGAGAUAAAAGAUCUGGUCUCUGUUUGUGCUCAUCGUUCAGCUCGGGUCGUGAUAGAUACCUCCUUUUCCGGUCUUGAGUUUCAAACUGAUGGCUGGAGUCGGUGGAAUUUGAGUACAUUAUCUUAUGACAUUUGCUUAUGUUCCACACUAACUUAUUUCAUGCUCGGAGAGCUGUCUCUUCAGCUGACAGCGUCUGGCCUUGAUUUUGGGUUUCUGAUUUGUAGUAAGCCACCCAAUGUGGAACUUAGUUUCGGAAGCUUGAGUCAGCCACAUAAGACACUGAAGUACGCUUUUAGAAAACUGUUGGGUCUUAAAAACGAGUGGGAUGGGCACUUCUCUAGUCCCUUCUAUAGUCUCAUCAUGGAGCAACAGGACAAAGCUCAGGAAUGGUUCGAACAAGUUCAAAAAGCUGAUAAGGGGAAAUUCUCUAAUAUCAUCAUGGAGCAAAGGGAGAAACUCAAGAAACGUGCCAACAAGUUAACGAAGACACUUGAGAGCUGUGGGUGGGAUGUUGUCGGCGGUGAUGGAGGUACCUCGAUGCUGGCGAAACCGACGGCCUACAUUAGCAGAUCAUUCAAGAUAGACGGUUUUGAAGGCGAACUCGACGGCUGCAACAUUAGGGAAGCCGUUCUUAGAUCCACUGGUCUUUGCAUAAGCAGUAGCAAAUGGACCGGGAUACCAGACUACUGCCGGUUCAGCUUUGCUCUGGAGAGCAGCGAAUUUGAGCGGGCAAUGGACUGCAUAAUCCGGUUCAGAGAGUUGGUUCUGGGGGAGGAACAAGGCUCGAUCUGA